AUGUCGCUGCCGCAGCUGACGGCCACGGCAACGGCCACGGCCACGGCGGCUGCCACAGCUGCACCGGCCAUCGACGAGGCGUCGAGGAUCGCAGAGGCCGUCAGCAAGCUGCCCGCCAACCCAAGGGGCUGGACCCCGUCCCAGGUCGCCCUCUACCUCACCCACGUCCUGGGCCUCGUCCCGCGGCCCGUCGUCGAGGACGUCACCGCCUACGUCCGCUCCUCGCGCAUGGGCGGCCGCGCCUUUCUCCGCCUGAGCGAAAAGGACCUCGAGCUCCAGGGCCUCAACCUCAAGUGGCGCAGGCUCAUGAUCGAGGCCGUCCGCAAGCUGCGCCGAGACGCCCUCCGCGGCCGCAUCUGGGGCAACGAGUCUGGCAGCGUAAAGUGGCCCCGCAAGCACGACCACGAGUUCGAGCCCGAGUCGCCCGAAAGGGCCGAGGACGGCGACGGCGACGACGACGGCCUCGGAGACGCAGCGGUGACCAAGGACGGCGUCGUGCGCUCGUCCAAGGGCGUCAGCAAGCUCACGCUCAAGCGCAUGCGCGACAGCAAAAAGGUCCAGGGCAUGAUCCAGGCCUUCCAGCUCUCGCCGCGCAGCCAGGCCAAGAUGGGUCUGUCGGCGCAGGACCUCGCCGCGCUCGGCAUCGACCAGAUCCGCAAGGGCCACGUCGCCACCCGCGGCGGAUCCAACGGCUCCGACGACGCCGGCGGCUCUCCGCGCGCCCAGAUUCCGCCCAUCUUUGGCGAGGGCUACGUCCGGGACCAGGCCGAGAGCUACGAGUCCGCCUCGGAUGCCGAGCCGACCGCCGACGUCAAGCUCUCCCGCUCUCGCACAUUGUCCGCAGCCGGCCGCGGCAAGGGCGAUACCUUUGACGACCUGCUGGCGUGCGUCUCUGACCAAGAGGCCGCCGAGCUGGCCAGCGAGCUCGACCUCGAGGACCUGCGCGACCCGGACCGCUUCGGGAGCCUCAGCAGCCUCAGCAGCCGCAGCGACAUCAAGGCUGCCAUGCGCUCCUCGAGCGGCUUCGACACCGACGUGGACGUGGCCCUGGUGCCCUGCCUGGACCGCGACCCGCCUGGCACGCGGAAGCGGGGCGUCAGUGACGCCUCGGCCUCGGCGUCCCUCAGCAGCGCCACGUCAGACAGCGAGAUGGAGAUGGAGGACCUGCUGCGCAUGCAGCAGACCGAGUCGCGCUUCAGCCUCCUCGAUGCCGACGUCAUCAAGAGCAUCAUGGGCGAGCCGAGCACCGACGACGUCGAGCCCGCCCAGGCCGGCGGCAACGAAGACGAGCCGGCCGCGUCGGGCGGACUGACGCGGUCCCGCACCACGGGCUCCAUCGCUCGCCCGGAGCGCCCCUACCGCGCGUCGCUCUACACGACCGAGGAGCUGCUGCUGCUCGACAGCGUCGAUUCGGCGUCGAGCCACCACCCGCGCACCGAGAGCUCGGCCGAGCUGGCGGGCGCGCUGGGCCUCGAGACCGACGAGCACCCCUUCCUUGCCAGUCCCAAGUUUGACACUGCCAAGAAGCGUCCAGUGUCGACGUCGGCGGCGGCCUCGGCCUCGGGCCAGGAGACGACCCGCAUCGACGGCCUCUUCAGUGCGGCUCAAGCUCCAGCGGCAGCCGCGGACGAAUACAUCUUCGACCCGCCCGCCGCCACGCUCGCCCCCGUGCGAUCGCAGCCGGCCUCGGUGCGUAAGAAGAUGUCGGGCACGUACGGUUCCAAGCGAGGCAAGGCACUCCUCUCGAUGCUCCAAAACGCCACCGACGAAAACGAUCCCUCGCUCCUGGACCUCGGCGCCCAGUCUGCCGGCAAUGGCGCCGUGGGUGGCGGCGGCGGCGGCAGCCACCUUGGCAGCGUUCGCAUGCGCAAGAAGGGCAGCCGCCAGGGUAUCGCGGGCGGUGCCGCCGCUGCCGAGGACGAGGAGGGCUGGGGCGGUACGCUGAGCCGGCCCGCGUCGCGCAAGAGCCUCAGCUCGAUCUACAUGGGCGCGUGGCAUGAGGCGCAGGAGCAGGCGCUGGCCAGGCUCAACGCCGAGGCCGGCGAUGCGGCCGAGGCGGUCAAGCCUCUGGAGCGAUACGAGGAGACGACGGCCGUCGACGACGAGCAGCAGCGCUCGGUGUCGCAGAAGCCCAGCGUGGAGAGGAGGCUGACGGACCUCUUUGCCGGCCACGGCUCGUCGGGUCAGGAGGACGAGGAGGAGGGAGUAGCUGCUGCCGACGCUGCUCCGAGCGCAGACGAGGUCGUCGAGGUUGCACCGGCUGCAAGAGCGCCAGAGGAAGCGCCAGAGGAAGCGCCAGAGGUCGCUGCAGACGAGAGCGAGGCGACGGCUGAGGAUGCCAUCGAGGCGCCUCCCUCGUACGACGACGGUUCCGCCUCAAUCUCGACGGAGACUGAGGCUGCCGUCGAGCCUGCUCCCCUUGUCCAAGCGCAGCUCGGGGAGACGACGACGACCGCGCAGGUUCCAAGCGGGAUGGCGGCCUCCUCGGCUACUGCCGACGAGGUCGACGCUUCUGCGACCGAGGACGAGUCGGAUGACGCGCAGCUGCUCGUGCCGCUGACGACGUUGACGCCGCAUCCUUCGGGCACCGGCUCGAUCCGCAAGCGGUCGAUGGUGCUGGUGGAUCGGAAGCGCUUCGAGAGCCUUGCUCGCAAGAUGGAGGCACUCGAGAACCAGAUUACCUCGCUCGAGGCGCAGCAGCACGAGCAGCAGCAGCAGAAGCAGCUGGCCGCCACGCUGCCGGGCCAGGCUGCCAAGAGCGGGCUGCGCGACCUGUUUUCGCCCACGUCGCCCGCCUUUGAGGAGGGCCAGGGCGGCGAGGGCAGCGAAGACGAGGCCGUCGUCGUCGUCGAGCAGCCCGUGCGGCAAGACGACGAGCGAGGGGAAGAGGGCAAGGCGACGUCGCGCUUCAGCCUGCUGCACCCGUCGUCGUGGACGCGCUACCUGUCUUCGCUCAACCCGUACUACUCGUCCUCGUCCUCGUCCUCGCACUCGCCCUCGUCGUCGUCGUAUCCUUGCGCCGAGGGCGAGGAGGAGGACGAGACGGAGCGGUCGCCCGACGAGGAGCGGGACCAUGCGCUGUCGCUGGGCGCCAUUCCGGCGUACAUGCUGGGACUGGGCGCUGGCGUGGGCUUUGUCGUCGUCAAGGAGGUCGUGGGCCUGGGCCUGUCGAGGCGGUGA